CUUCAUUAAUAGCUACCUAGUCAGCCUUCUGAAUGGACAGAAAUGAAUAAAGAUAAUUGUGUUAAUUCUGUAAUUGGUUCUGCUAUACCAAAUGUAGAGAAUGAAACAUCACCUGAAAUUACAGAAAAUUCUUCAGGUACAUCAUAUGUUAAAAUAAAUGAAUCAUCAGAAAAGAAACCAAUUUCAAAUAAUACUUCACCAGCAGUUAUGUUUACACCAUUCCAGCAAAUUCUCAAUCCUUCAUUUCAAAUUGUUACUCCUAAUCAAAUAUCUACAAAUACAGCUUCUGGACAGCUUUAUCAGCAACAGUAUAUCCCUACACUUGUUUACAUUCCUUAUAUAUCAACUCAGAAUCAGUUAAUGCAACAGAAUUUGUUAACACAAAAAAAUCAAGAACAGAGACAAAAACAGUUGGAAAAUUCAUCAUCAAAUGCCGGAGAUAUAAUAAGUCAAGUAACGAAUUUGAAUAUUAAUUCACAGUCCCCACCUUCAACUAAUUUAAAUAUAUGUUCAGAUGAUUCUGGAAAUUCCUCAUCGCAAGGAUAUCCUGUUUCUGUGUUAAAAACAAAAAACAUUAUAGGACAAGGAAAUUCUGUUGAGCCUUCACUUUGUUAUAUCCAGCAAGGUGCACCAAAUACAUUUCCAAUCCCAUGUUUACAGCCAGCAUCAUCAGGAAUAGCACCAGGGAAUAGCACAUCAGUGAUUAAUGGAUCAGCAGUUUCACAGAAAAAUACAGGAGAUAAUUCUCAAGCUACUGGUCAAUCAGAAACAAAUGCAUCAUGCCUUUCAAACUGCAAUGCAGUUCUUUUACCACAGACUGGGAACACAAUAAGCAUGCCCUUUUACAGCUAUGCUUCGGGAUUCCAACCAUCAGUUGUAACUUCCACUUCUGGUUUAUAUCAGUAUCCAACAAUGGCAGUGCCUGGUGCUAAUCCUUCUAAUUCUAGUCAUGUUCAACAAAAUUCUCCAUUAAUACCAUCUACACAUCUUCCUCAGCCAGUCUCUAAUAAUUCAUCAAAUCUGUCAUCUUAUAUGUUAACAGGAACUACUAUUUCACAUAGUACAAAUAUUCCAAAUUCACCUUAUAAUUCCUUCCGUCCUCAGACUCCUCCGAUGCAAAAUGUAGCUGUUCAGUCUCAUCCAGUAGCCCCACAACCAAGCUUUAAUUAUGCUUUGUAUCAACCACUUCAUUCUCAGCAUUCGACAUCGGUUAAACCUCCGAAUGCUGUACCAUCCAAUCAGACUUUUAUAAGAUCGUUUCCAACAAUAAGACAAAACAUUCCUUUAGUUGGAAAUUUAACAAACAGUGCACCUAUGCCACCACCUAAUCGGUUUUCUACACCUCCAUUAGUAAAUAAAAAUCAAGGAAAUUUUGCAAGUAAUAAAUGUGAAACAAGAGGGAAACAAGGAACAAAUAUUUGUCAGAAUUCUCCAAAAGUCAAUAGAAGUCCUCAGUUACAACUUGGAACACUUCUAUCUUCCACUUCAAAUCUUGGAUCAGUUUAUUGUAGAGGCUAUCGUCCAGCAUUACAAGGUAAUUAUUUUUUCAUAUUCUAUACAAUGCAUCAUGCCUUUCAAACUGCAAUGCAGUUCUUUUACCACAGACUGGGAACACAAUAA